GACCACCUGAUCUAAAAAAGGAGGGGAACCCACCACGAGAAGCUUCGCAUCCUGACGGUACCUCUGGCGUGAAGAUGGCGGUCCCAGCUCCGAGCAGCCGGACCGGAUCCGUUAGCAGCCUGGGGAACAGUCCAACCUCAGCACCGGGAGGCUUAAACAACAACAACAACCACAAGCUGUGGUGCUGCCACGAGCUGGACUUCAGGUCCGGAGUGAAGAUCGAGGAGCUCAACCGACUCAUCCAUGAAUUCAGCAAACAAGACCAACGAGAGUAUGAUGACCAGAGGGCACUGGAAAUACACACCGCCAAGGAUUUCAUCUUCUCUAUGCUCGGCAUGGUGCAAAAGCUGGACCAAAAGUUGCCUGUUGCCAAUGAGUACUUAUUGUUGUCCGGUGGUGUGAGAGAAGGUGUGGUGGACAUGGAUCUGGAUGAGCUUGGCAUCUAUAACCGUGGCUCUGAUUAUGACAUGGCCUUCACCCUGUUGGUUCCUGCACUUAAGCUGCACGACCGGAACCAGCCUGUCACACUGGACAUGCGCCACUCAGCACUAGGUCAUUCUUGGCUCAGCUUGCGACUUUUUGACGAGGGUACCAUUAACCGUUGGCGAGACUGCUGCACGCUGACUGACCAUCUGAACGGCACCACCAAUUACUUCUUCUCGCCCACACUGGUAGCUGACUGGUUCCAAGAAGCUGUCGGACUGGUGCUGACGGAGUUACAGCGCAAGCCACAAAGGGGCACCCCAAGGGUGGACCGGGUGGAGCGUCACAGCACGCUGCUGUCUAUGGUUUUAGGUGUGGGCAGCAGUCGCAUGCUUUAUGACAUUGUUCCUGUGGUGUCUUUUAAAGGCUGGCCGGCGGUUGCUCAGAGCUGGUUGAUGGAGAACCACUUCUGGGAUGGCAAAAUCACAGAGGAGGAGGUCAUCAGCGGCUUCUAUCUGCUGCCUGCCUGCUCAGUCUCUGGUUGCCAGGAAAACGAGUGGCGUCUCUCCUUCGCCCGCAGCGAGGUGCAAUUGAAAAAGUGCAUCUCACCAGGCCUCAUGCAAGCUUACCAGGCGUGCAAGGCAAUAGUUGUAAAGCUGCUGGCUCAACCCACAGCUAUCAGUCCCUACUACUUACGCAGCAUUAUGCUGUGGGCCUGUGACCGACUACCUGCAAGCUAUUUGUCACAGGAAGACUACGCUGCACACUUCCUGCUGGGUCUCAUUGAUGACCUGCAGCACUGCCUUGUCAACAAGACCUGCCCUAACUAUUUCAUCCCGCAGUGUAACAUGUUGGAGCACCUGUGUGACGAGACCGCCAUAUUUCAUGCUCGUAAGCUAACGCUGGUACGCUCGGAUCCGGGCGAACACCUGCGCUCCGUCAUCGAACAAGCCAAGGCGGCCAACAGACUGACGCUGGAGAUGCAGCGUCGCGGGAGUUCCUCAGGACUGCCUUCUCCGCUGGCAGAUCCUUCCUCAGCAGAUCACCAGCAGCCAGAUGACCGCUUGGCCAAGAAGCUACAGCAGUUGGUGACCGAGAAUCCAGGCAAGUCCAUCUCUGUAUUCAUCAACCCUGACGACGUCACGCGACCUCACUUCCGUAUUGAUGACAAGUUCUUCUGAAAACAUAGGUCUAUUUUCGGUUUAACCCAAAGGGGUGUGCAUGGCACUGUCCAGAAACUGGAGCUGUGUCCUUGUGCCUGCUUACAUCAGACUGGAGAGGAUCUUCUGGAGGAAACGACUGCAAGAGGUCUAUAAGACUGGCCUUACUGAGUGGAAAAUC